CAGAAAGGCAGUCAUUAGAUGUGAAUGGCAGCGCUGACUCCUAUGAUGCUUCUCCUUCUGCUUUGGGUUGGUGUCACAGGAAGCACAGUGGUGGAUCUGCAGAAGAGAAUCAUUGGAGGUCAACCAUGUGAGCGCCAGUACCACGUCAAACUUAAAGGAGUUGCUGCUGGUGGAUCAUCCAACAUGUGUGGCGGCUCUCUGAUCAGUGACCGGUGGAUUUUGACUGCAGCUCACUGUUUGAAGGAAGGAAGCACUAUGUUUGCAGGUUUAGGUGUGCAUCCAGGGGGUCUAGCACAAGAAGUGCAAAUCACAGCAAAACCAGUGAUCUAUACAGACAAAGACAACAGGUUCCAUGAUAUCAUGCUGCUGCAGCUACCUGAGCCCACUAAGAUUCAACCUGUAGCUCUUCCUGACUGUAAAUAUUAUCCUAAAAUGGCUGAGAUCGCAGGUCACGCUGCCACUACUGGAGGCCCAAAUGAUGAGAGGAAACCCAGUUCAUCCCCUACUCUCCACUGUGCAGACAUUGAGGUUGUCAGCUGUGAAAACCUCAACAAAACCUUGCAGGCACAUUUCCCAAAGGUUUACCAAGUCAAGCAGUAUCAACACUGGUUCUGUGGCCAAACACCUGGAGUGGAUAUAUGUUAUGGGGAUUCUGGAGGAGGAGUGGUGUACGAAGACAAGAUUUAUGGCGUCAUUUCUUUUCUUGGUGAUCCUGACAAUGUAUGUAGAAAAGCAGCUGCAUUCAUCGAGCUCUGCAAUUUAGAAUACAUUACAUGGAUUCAUACAACUAUUAGCUGAGGGGAAAAAAAUGUCUACAGUAGCCUAUGAUGUGUUUAACUGUAAAGACUCUUUCAUAUUGACAAACAUAUGAGAUUACAGCUCAACAAAUAAUUUGUGGCUCCUGUGGUGUUGUUUUAACCCUAUUUGUAACAAUCAGUUUUUAGAUUUGAAUAUAAAAGUGAUAGUCACCAUCCUAAGACCAGAUCAUCAAUCGAUCUGGUUCUAUACUGACAUUUAAACGACAAAAAAUACAGAGCUCUUGCCAGAAAUUUUGAAACACCAAGGUCAUAAAUCAUCUAAUCCCAAAAAAAAUUAUCAGCAGAAUGUAACUUUUUGUGGCUUCUUUGUUUUUGUAUUUAUUUAUUUUUUUUACCAAUUUGUAACAAUAUGCUUUUAUAUUUGGAUAUAAAAGUGAAACUCACUAUCCUCCUAAGACCAAAUCAUUAAUCGAUCUGUUUUCUGUUUCACCUAUGACAAAAGAAAAAUACAGGGCCCUUGCCAGGAUUUUUGAGAGAGCUGGUGUUUACACUGGCUGCACCAGUCUUAAAUCUUGACUUACUAACUGGUUAGAGUAUUUAAAAAUAAAAAUUUUCAUGUUGAUUUAAUGAAUGAAUUCAGAACUAACUAUGGAGUGUCAAAUAAGAAAACAGUGAAAAAGUGUGUUGUGAAAGCAUAGUCGAUAAGCCUUAUUCACAGAAUAUAAAUGAUAUUAAUUGCUGCAAUGCUUUCCAAUAACUGCUGGAAUGGAGCCAUCAUUAAUGUUAGUUCAACUUGUCCUUUUUCUACUAUGACAAAUAAAAAUGUCCGCUGUGAAAAGGUCUAUAAAUCUGAUUCAUUUUGGAAAGAUGAAGAAACGAGACUGCUC